AUGGCUAAUGGCACCCAGGGGCAGCCCAUAGUACACACCGGGAGCUGGAGGGCUACCUUACCUCGCUCUGCUAGCGGUAGAAAUGCCAUAUACGCCCGAUUCUUCCAACGGAAGAAACAAGUGAAGCGCCCGUGCGGUGCGAAGCACUCGAGCCAUCUCUCACCUCGCUCAGCUUCCCCAACCAUGAAAGGACCUGUCCGGGGGCAAGUUUAUUCCAACACGCUGCCACCUAUACAGAGCUCUGGCACGCUGACACUCAGGGACAUGCUUGGGCAAUCCCCAACAGCACCUCCUAGCACAUGGAAGGAAUGGGCCUUGAGAAGAGGCAUCGGCUGA